CUCUGGUUGUGUCUCGACAGCAUGAUGUUUGGGUUCGUGUUCCUGCUGGUGGCCCUGAGCAGAGGGGCCCUGGCCUCCCUACAGGAUAAACAAACCGACUUUGGCCUGAAGGUUUUCUCUCAGCUUGCAGCAGAUGUUGUUGACACCAACCUGGCUUUCUCCCCCUACGGCAUCGCCAGCGUCAUGGCCAUGGCUCAGAUCGGGGCAAAUGGAAACACGCAAAAGGCCUUGACUAAAGCUCUGGGCUUUUCUCUACGAGAGCGAGGAAUGCCUCGACAGCAGCGGCUCCUGCAGCGCGAUCUGGCCAGUGAGGACGGGUUGGACGUAGCCAGUGGGGUGAUGGUGGAGAGGAAGAUGAGUCUGGAGAAGAGGUUCCGCCACGCCCUGACCAAGACCUUCCAGACUCCCCCCCACCAGAUAGAUUUCAGCAAACCAGAGCAGGCGGUCGGCAUCAUCAACGCUUGGGUCUCCGAUCACACUGCUGGAGCCAUCCCAGCGUUCUUAGCGCCCGGAGCCCUGGAUGAUGAGACCCGCCUGGUCUUCCUCAACGCGCUGCACUUCCAGCGUCUGUGGAAAGUUCCCUUCGAUCCCAAACUGACGCAGGAGAGGAUGUUCCACUGCGCCAAUGGGAGUUCAGUUCCUGUUCACAUGAUGAGGCUCACCAACAACUUCAACUACGGCGAGUUUGUGACAGCGGAUGGCGUGGAUUACGAUGUGAUAGAGGUCCCGUAUGAGGGCGACUCGCUGAGCAUGCUCCUGGUUUCGCCCUUUGAGCCCGACGUCCCGCUGAGCGUCCUGAGCGCCGACCUGAGCAGCCAGAGGGUUCGGCAGUGGAGGUCGGAGCUGAGGAACGUCAGGAGGCAGCUGGCCAUGCCGAGGUUUUCUCUGAACUCUGAGGUGGAUUUGAAGAGCACUCUGCGGAAAAUGGGACUCGGAGAGAUUUUCAACUUGGCUACUGCUGACUUCACACGGAUAACCUCCGACGAGAGGCUGUGUGUAUCCAAGGUUCUGCAGAAGGUGAAGAUGGAGGUGAACGAGCGCGGCACCGAGGGAGCCUCAGCAACAGUUGCUGUCAUGUUCUCCCGCAUGGCUGUCCAGGAGAUUACCCUGGACCGACCGUUCCUCUUCCUCAUUCAGCACAAGCACACUGGUGCUCUUCUCUUCAUGGGUCAGUUCAACCAUCCUGAAUAACAACGCCUCACAGACCGACCGCCAUCAUCAACCCCACAGCGUGUGACUACUACUGCUUCUACGUCCUCCCGACGACCACGAAGCCGACACUCUACGUGUUUCAGCGAUGGUUGUCGUUAUUCAAGGACGUCCUUAUUUAUAGUGACUGAAGAAAAUUACUGGGAGUGCUUGGACUUCAUAUAGAAGAAAUGUAUAUCUUGGCUAUUUAUUUAUUGUUUUAAAUGUGUGAAGUUAGGGAGCUGAUGCAGAGGCAUUUCUUGUAAGAAAUAAGGUUCACAUUUAUUAAACGCCAUCAGACGGAGAGAUAGAGCUCUGACUGUGGCAAACUCAGAACAUCCAUUUAUUACCGAUACACACAAUUCCCCCAGGGGAACCAACCCACCCCUGCAUAUAAAGAACUUUCUCACACAUUUGGAGGAAAAACAACUUUAGUUCAUCAAGGCCCUGUUAGUUCCCUGUCAGGUUAAUCUAUCUUUCACUGGUCAGAUGGAUCUCCUAAUAACAGCAGUCCUCUCCUUCAUGCCAUGAAAGAGGCUCUGUAAACUCAUUCUAUAUCAUGAACUUCCUUUGGAGCCUGUGAGGCUAAGAACAGACAGACCUCAACAUUUUUUACUCCACAAAUGUCCGGGUUGAUAAAACAGAGAAGAAUUGAAGCAAUGCUGACAGGUUUCCAAAGACAGAAUUGCUUCUCUCUGCAUUUGUGCCAAAUAAUUAAUGUUUUUUUUUUUUAUAUUUAAAUGUCCUGAAAACUUAAUUGUGUAAUAUGUGUGUGUUGUUACAAACGUUUAUAUUUUUGCAAUGUUUUAAUUAAAGAUUUAUUAAUGUU